AUGUACACGCUGUGCCUUAUCAUACCCGUGCCGGGGCGGGACGCCGCCGUGCGACCGAUGGUGCCUGAAGUGCCUAUCGGCAAGCGGCAACCAAUGGCGGAGGAAAACCCCGUUCCCCAGGCCAGUCCGGACGUGGGGGAGAGAGAUGGGCAUCGACGCCUCUGUGGUCCGUUUCCGUCCCUGCGCUGGUUUGUGGAUGGAUGGAUGGGUGGAUGGAUGGACCAGAUGAAAGAAUGCGGAGGGUACAGUACAGUACAUCACGUACAUAGUUACAGCACUGGGACCCCAUUGGGCGUAUGGACGGGACAGGAUGGCGGACCGUGA